UUCGUCGAUCAUGCCGCUUGCACCGUCAGGAAAGGCCGUGAAGAAGGCCGGUAAGGCCCAGAAGAAUGUCCGAGCAACAGAAAAAAAAAAAAAGAAACGCAGGAGGAAGGAGUCCUUUUCCAUCUACAUCUACAAAGUCCUCAAACAGGUCCAUCCCGAUACCGGAAUUUCCUCGAAAGCCAUGUCAAUCAUGAACUCGUUUGUUAACGACAUCUUCGAGAGAAUUGCUGCCGAGGCCUCCCGUCUGUCUCAUUAUAACAAGAGGUCGACCAUCACCUCUCGAGAGGUUCAGACUGCCGUUAGGCUACUGCUACCUGGUGAACUGGCCAAACACGCUGUGUCUGAGGGUACCAAAGCUGUCACUAAAUACACGUCCUCCAAGUAAAUCGCCGGUUUUAAACAAAAAAGGCCCUUUUCAGGGCCACCACAUCUUGCGAGAUCAAACAUCACAAAAACUCAAUUGUCCAAUGCGAAACGUAU